AUGACGGAGCUCUACACUGAUGAUACUCCAGCAGCAGUUAAGAAUGCCACGGGACUCCAUUUGAUCACCGAAUCGACACCCAACGGAAAGAAGGUGCAAAUUUUGCUUGAAGAACUCAGGGAUGCAUAUGGCACUGAGUGGACAACUAGCUUGAUUGAUCUAGAAACAGAUGAGCAGAAGGAAGACUGGUUCCUACAUCUCAACCCCAACGGACGAAUUCCAAUCCUGAUAGACAAUACAGUGACGCCACCCUUUCCCAUCAUGGAAUCAUCUGCAGAACUUCUAUAUCUCUCGGAUAUGUUUGAUAAAAAUAACAUGUUCGGAUUUGAUAAUAAGCGCGAGCAAAGCGAUGCAAUACAAUGGCUUCUUUUCUGGCAAGCAUCGGGCCAGCCAAAUCAAGGACAGAACAACCAUUUCAGCAAAUCCGCACCAGAAAAGAUCCCCUAUGCCAUUUCACGCUUUAGAACCGAGACUUUGCGCAUCUAUAAUGUAUUUGAACUCCGCCUCUCCGGACUUUAUACUGGCAUACCACGAGAAUUUCUUGCGGGAGCAGGAAAAGGCAAAUACAGCAUUGCCGACAUCGGAACUUGGCCGUGGGUUCGAUCUUGGAGGUAUGCGCAAUUUACUGUCGAGGAUAUGGCGCAGUUUCCACACUUACUACAGUGGAUUGACCGCAUUGCUGCACGUCCAGCGGUUCAAAGAGGUAUCUCGGAUUUCUAUGAUAGCGAGGAGAACCCAGCAUUACGGGUGUCGACAAAGAGGUAG